CACCAUGUUUAAGGAAAUGUUCUUCAUAUAAACAGUAUGGAUCACUUGUAAAUCCAGAAAAACCAACCACCUCCCAAAAGCAACCUGAAGAAUACUUUGCGGAGAAGCAAUCUCAGGAAUGACUGUGCUGAAAUGCAGCAAAAGGGACCAGGCACCAGUGAGGAUGUUUGGCAGAGCACAAAACCUGCACAAAUACAUAUCUGACUGCCAUUGCUGUAGCAGACAAGAAGGAAUCGUUCACAGUGACAGCUUUUCUGAAAAGGUUUAAAAAGGAACAGACGUUGUUUCACACUGGAGAAUACCCUAUGAAGUCCUAGAGCAGGCACUAAUGGAAGGCCCUUUGCAGACCUCCAUUCAUGUGUGCCAUGAAUAUGGUCAAUGGAUGUCACAAUUACCAGAGAAGCUCUGGGAUAUUCCCCUCUAUAACUUAGCUCUUCCAGGGAGUCACGACACUAUGACCUACUGCUUGGAUAAAAACUCUGGUGUUAGUGGCAAUGAAUUGAAGCUGGUGAAGUUUUUGAACAAAUGUAUGCCCUGCAUUGUGCAGCCCAUUAUCAUGAAGUGGUCUACAACACAGGUACUGACUGUGACAGAGCAACUCGAGGCUGGAGUUAGAUACCUGGAUUUCAGGAUUGCCCACAAGGCUAACGAUCCAUCUAUGAAUUUGUACUUCGUGCAUAUGGUUUACACAACUGUUACUGUACAGGAUAUUCUAUGGGAAGUGUUAAGGUGGUUGGAAACUCAUCCUCAGGAAGUUGUUAUCUUAGCCUGCAGAAAUUUUGAUGGAUUAACGAAGAAACUUCAUUGUCAUCUUAUUGCCUGUAUAAAAGAGAUUUUCCAGUGUAAACUGUGUCCCAGAAAUGUGGUGCCGACACUGCGGACCAUGUGGCAGUGUGGCCAUCAGGCCAUAGUCUCGUACGAAGAGGACAUGGAAGUGGAGAAGCACUGUGAGCUGUGGCCUGCGAUCCCAUACUGGUGGGGAAACAAAACUGCCACUCGCGCUCUUAUCCAGUAUUUAGAGCACAUGAAGCAGAUGGGCCGUCCAGAAAAAUUCUUUGUAGCAGGGAUUAACCUUACUGAAAAUUUAAGGUAUAUUCUCGUACACCCAUUUGGAUCACUGAAGAAAAUGACGCUCCAGAGUCUUCCAUGCUUGAAAAUCUGGAUAAAGCAACAGUAUCCAGGACCAAGGAAAGAAUGUAUUAACAUCAUUGCUGGAGACUUCAUAGGAAAUAAUGAUUUUGUCAAAGAUGUGAUAGAACUUAACACAAAAAUUAAUCCUUCAUUACGCUGUCAAAGUAAAGGGAACAAAUAGCAUUUCCUUCUCAGCUUCUUGAUCUGUGAAAAGCUGAAAAGGCUUUGUCUGCAUUUAAUGUCUCCUGGUUUAAACAUCCUGGAUCCCAUAAAGGUCCAGUUAACUUAAAUCAGGGAUGUUUUAAAGAUUCAGUAAGAAAAGCACUCUCAACAUCAUCAGGGUUUCAAGGCCUUUUCACAGAAAAGAGAGCAGGCAGACCUUUCUAAAGUCUGUAGGGAACUAUGAUAUAGGUAUAAUUUACUUGAAGGUGCUUAGAUUCUGCAGCAGUGGGCAAUAGUGAAAGUCCCAAGAACUUGAUCUUAUUUUAUUUUACAUAUGACAAGAAGGAGAAAUACAUCAGUAGCUGCAUGAAUUAUUUUGUGAUAAGAUUUUAUCUUUCUUUUAAUUGUAAAGAUAUUCUGCACUACUUGCAACCCCAAUGCUCAGUCUUUUAUAUCAGUGUGAAACUGACUUGUCCAUUUUCAUAGUUUUUUAAAUAUACAAAAGGUACAGUUUAAAAAUCAUUUUGAUAUAUCAAAGAUACUGUAUUGACAAUCCUGUCUGAUGUGAUUUUUACAUAUACAUCAAUACAUCGUUAGCAUUGGAGAUCUAGAAGCGGCUGUACUGUUGUUGUGUGCUUGAGUAUCAGUUGUGAGCACCUUUACCAACAGGGUAGUCACAAAAUUCUUUAUGAUUUGUAAGAGGUAUGUGUAUUUGAACACUUAACUCUUUUUUAUCACUCAUGCCAGUUCUGCAGUGGUAAAGAUACCAAAACUAGGCCCCUAAACAGUUUGUCUGUGGUAAUGAAAUAUGUUUUAUUAGGUGCUGCCAAAAUAUGCCUUAUACUGAAAAUAAACACAUAUGAAACAAAUUCCUUAUCUAAACUCAGACUGCUCUAGAACUACAGAUUCUUGGCUUCCGUAAUGCUCAUUUGGGGUUUCACACUUGGUCUUUUAUUUAGCUAUUUUAGUAGUUCUGUAAUUAUUCUUCCUCUCAAUAAGUAGUUUUUGCUUAUGUAAAAACUAAGGGUUUUAUGCUCUUUGCCAUUGCACGUUAAUCCUAUUUUUCUAAUUCUUUUAAAUGAACUGUGCAGUAACAGAUGAUCAUGAAGGUAAGAGAAACGGCAAGCAUCGGGACUAAAACAAAACCAGGCAUUGUGUAAAGUUCACUAUGCAGCUUCAUCAAUAUACCUCAAUUUCUAGAUGCACUUUAUAUGCAAAAGCUGAGUUCAAAUGUUUUGGCAAGAUGUUAAUGUUUGCAGUACGUGUCAACUGCUAUUUGACAUCAGUUCAAACUCAACCUAGACUUCUCAGCAUGAAAGGCUAAGAUGCUACCUCCUCAUGCAAUCUCUUGCAAUUGCAGAUUACAUAGGAGUACAAACCGAAACAUUCCAUUUAUAGAGAAGACAUUCUAAAUGCUUUUUUUACAGUGCUUUUUAUCCUUGUUCAUACCUCUAUGUACUUCACACUAAGCAGUCAUUCAGUUUUGAUUUUUUUAGUCACUACCUGCAUGAAGUGUUACGUUAUAUAUACUCAGGAUCUUUUUCUGCCUAUCUUUUGUACCCUCAAGUGGCUUGUUUAUCUAAUAAAACUUGAUCUCUCUGU